AUGCCGCUCCUACGAGGACUGCUGUGGCUCCAGGUGCUGCGUGAGGGCCCUCUCCAUACAGAGGCUCUGGUAUUUUUGGUUCCUCCUGAUGAUGGGCGUGCUCUUCUGCUGCGGAGCUGGGUUCUUCAUCCGGAGGCGCAUGUACCCCCCGCCGCUGAUUGAGGAGCCGGCGUUCAACGUGUCCUACACCAGGCAGCCCCCAAACUCCGCUCCAGGAGCCCAGCAGCCGGGGCCACCGUAUUACACCGACCCUGGAGGACCAGGAAUGACUCCUGCAGGGAACACCAUGGCGAUGGCUUUCCAAGUCCAACCCAAUUCACCCCAGGGAAGCACAGCCUACCCACCCCCUCCUUCCUACUGCAACACACCUCCGCCCCCAUACGAACAGGUGGUUAAGGCCAAGUAGCGGGGCACUGCCCGUGUGAACGAGGAGGGACAGGAGAGGGCCUUUCACUCAGCCUUGCCUGUUCCCAUCGAAGUCCAUUUCCAGGAAUGGUCUUAGGAGCCACUAAUGGCAAAUUCCUCUUUGAUAUCUUCAAAGCAAGACAGCUCCCUUUCAAGUUUUCUGUGGAGGACGAUAUUCAAAUUCACACUGUGUCUCCUCUGUUGCUUCUGUUUCUAAUGUAAUCUGUGCUCUCUGGCAGAGUGUGGUGACAGUCUCCAAGGGUCAACAUUCUUAGGGUGGUGUGGCCAGAUCCUCAGGAGAGAGGCUAAGAGGAUGAGCAAGGCAGAGCCAGUGUGCAAGGGCGACGUGUGGAGGGGCCAGGCCGAGCACCCUGGGGAAGCCUCCUUCUACAAGUCGAAAGGCACAUGCAGCAGCCAGGACAUGGUGCAGCGGCAACCGGGCUACAGUGAGGCCCAGGUCUGCUGCUGCCCAUUCUCCCGUCGGCCUUCCUCUCCAAGAAGUGGCAAAAGAGCCCAUCAGGAACGUAUCCUGUCUCCACUCGCAUCCUAAAGAUAGGCUUCCCCUGCAAGAUGGGGACCCAUCCUCGGGCCAAGGUGAAACAUCAGCGGUUUUCUGAAGACCACGAAGGAGAGUUAUCCAAGUUCAUAGGAAAUAUUUCCCUGCCCCAAACUGGGACAUGGCAUUGUAUGAGCUCUUGGUCUGACUUGCGGGUGGGGGAGACGUCUCUCCCUUCUUAGUGUAUUUGCGGAAGUGUGUGUGUAAGACCCUGUCCUUCCCCAGGGCAUCUCUGGAGGUAGAUUUUGAUGGGCACUGUCAAAGCAGAGGAGUACAUCUGGCUGGGAUGUCACAUCAACCUUCGGAGAGAGACCAGCUGAGACAUCCCAGCAGACCCCGGCCAGCCACUGUGAGCCUGGAGUGGCCGUGGUGGUGUGCAGUCUGAGCGGGAGUGUGCGGGGCUCUGAGGAGGAAAAGCCUGUGAGGAGGAGAGGAGAAAAUACUCACUGGACGGCUCGGGCCGUGGAAGCAACCUGAGAGUGAAGAGGUGACUGGAAGGGCAAGGCCCGGAGGAGAAUCCUGCCUCACCCCACGAUCCUGCAUGGAGCCCCUGGAGUUGUCGACAGUUAGGGAGAGUCCUGUCCCUCCGAGUAGCUAGUAACGUGGGCGUGUAUGUAACCCCAGAGCUGACCUGACGUGUCGUGUGUACUGAGCGCAAAGCAGCGUAGCCGAGAUGCCUAGAUCACUAUGUAUGUAGUAUUGGGGGAGGGGAGGGGGGCGGGGUACUUCAUUUAAGUGAGUAAUUGGAGCCUCUGAGAAAUUGGUACUCAUUGAACCUGACCACUGAGACAUGGCACUGGAGUGGAUGGAGGGGGUUUCGUUCCCCUACACAGGGGGCAUGGGCUCUGUGUCUGGUUUCUGUGGGGCAGGGAAGGAAUGGGGUUGAACCACUGCGGGGACUUACUCGAAGGGCACAGAAUCUGGGGGCCUCCCAGGGAAAUACUGGGGAACAAAACGAACACCCUUGGAAACACCGGCUAUGCGUACAGAUGCGGCUGCCAGUGUCUGACCGCCCUCAUG